AUGUGCAUUUGCUUUCCUUCAGCUGGGUGGGUGCGAAGUGUCGAUGUGGACUCUACCAACGAAUGGUUCUGUACAGGGGCCAACGACCGUACUAUCAAAAUAUGGGACUUGGCAUCGGGCACCUUGAAACUGACACUCACAGGACACAUAUCUGCUGUAACGGGUCUUGCGGUGUCCCCCAGGCACCCCUAUCUGUUCAGCGUAGGCGAGGACAAGAUGGUCAAAUGUUGGGAUCUGGAGACCAAUUCUGUGGUCCGAUCAUACCACGGGCAUUUGAGUUCCUGCUAUGAUGUCAAGGUGCAUCCCACAUUGGAUGUGAUCAUCACAGCCUCGCGAGAUAGCACUGCACGUGUGUGGGAUAUGCGCACAAAAGCAUGUGUGCAUGUACUUGCAGGACACACAGACGGAGUCAAUGGGCUGGCUGUCCAGGGGGCAAAUCCUCAGGUGUGA